ACUUAUAGUUUGGUGUCUGUUUUGUUUGUCUAUUUAUUUGGCCAACGUGCUGCUUUGUUUUUUGUUUUGUGAAAGUCUUUUAUUUGUUUAAAAUCUUUUGUUUAAUAAAAAGCAGAGCGCCGUAGCAUUUCAGUUUCACCCGCAGUUGCCUUGUGUGUUGUGGAUUCAUUUCUUGGCCUGACGUCACCAUCAGUCAUCCUGUUCACAGGGCCCCAGUAAAUAUAUGAACUGUGAACAUAGGAAAUACCAGCUGUGCAGCACUGGUGGAAAAUACUGGGUUCAUUACAACAUAUACUAGCACAUACACUUCCAAAGUAAUUAAUACUGUAGCUUCUGCAGUGUCAGCUAUUUUUUUUUUUUUUUUUCAGAUUGGAGGCAGGGGGCAAUGUUGGGCCCCUGUGUUGAAUUCAGAAGUAGAUAGGUAGCUAUAUUUUUGAUAACUGUCAGUUAUUCAGUGUUCAAAGUGUUGUCAAUUGCAAAUGAUCAAAAAACUUGUCCCUACUGCACUUCUUUCUGAGUGAAACAAAAAGCAGAAAACUGAAGUUUGCCGCCCUUUCUGGUCUUGGCUAAGGAAAAGGCAGUACUGUAUUUCCCCUCCUCUAAACCCCGGCCUGGGUGUGGUUUUGAAAGACAAAGUUCUGGGAAUGAUGUGUAUGCCUUUGAUUCGGUGCCUGACUGAAGAGAGGGUGAGUAAAAGGACUGUCCAGUACAAGUUCAUUUAAAGAAAAGGAUGUAGUUUUGUUUUUCUUUUUCUUAAAGAGUAUUUCGGCCAUAAAGGAUAUUGUGGAUUUUGCUGCAGUAUGGUAUACAAAUUUUCCUGUUGAAAUUAAAGCUGAAACCUGCUUGUGUAUGUCGAUGUAUGUCAUACUGGGAGAAAGCGUCUUCAAGAUGGCUGGCUGGAGGGUGUCAAACAGGAGAAAUCCUGGAUUAGGAAUGCUGUCUCUUGGACAUUUGUGAUUUCCAAAGGAUCUUCUUUGUCCUUUUUUGAAACCCUGGAAAUAACUUCUAUCUUUCUCAGCUUUCUGCCAAGUAGCCCCCAACCUAGAUCCAAUGGUAACAUACUGUUUGUGUCCAGACCUUAAGUAGUAAUAGCAGGGAGGGUGCAUGGUGCUAAUGUAACAGGAAUAAACCAUCAGAAAGGUGUAGUGAUGGUUGAAUGGGUAGAAAAUGCAGCUACUAAAGGAAAAGAGGUUGACUUUGGAGAGCUAAUUCGUUUGAACACUGAUCUGUUUGAAUAUAUGAAUUCUGUCGAAGUACUACCACUGAAGGAAAAUGUUGACGUUCAGAAAAAUAAUAGCAGACAAACGAUAUCAAGAAUCCCAGCUCCACCAGUAUUCUCUCAAAGGUCCUAUUCACUGAGGAGAAGUGUUCAGACAAAGCCAACAACUCCUCAGCAAGUCCAUGAAACAGAAAACAAGUCUUUAUCCCCUGCUGUAUCUAAAGUUUCAUUUCCUAACAGUUCAGCCAGGCAGAAGUCCACUCUUGUUCAACAGAUGGAAAAAAUGAAAAGCAAGCAAGAAACAAAUAAAGCCAAAAACACUGAGAUACGGGCCAAGCGUGCAAAGGAGUGUGGUGUAAAGUGGGAAUUCCAGAAGAUGAUUGAAGAAUUCCGAGACUCUUUGGAGUACACCCCUCUCUCAUUCUCUGACUCAAGCGAAGAUCACAGAAUAUGUGUAUGUGUCCGAAAAAGACCUCUUAAUAAAAAAGAGAUUGCAAAGAAAGAAAUUGAUGUAAUCACCAUUCCUGAAAAAGGCCUACUUCUGCUGCAUGAGCCCAAGCAGAAAGUUGAUCUCACAAAGUACUUGGAUAAUCAGACGUUCAGAUUAGACUACUCUUUUGAUGAUUCAGCAACAAAUGAAAUGGUUUACAGGUUUACAGCCAGACCACUGGUACAAAAAAUAUUUGAGGGCAGCAUGGCAACUUGUUUUGCCUAUGGUCAAACUGGAAGUGGGAAAACUCAUACAAUGGGUGGUGACUUCUGUGGCAAAAGCCAAAACUCUUCAAAAGGGAUCUAUGCAUUUGCAGCACGUGAUGUCUUUAUGCUCCUGAGUCAGCCCAGAUAUUCCAUUCUUGGCCUUGAGCCGUACGUUUCAUUUUUUGAGAUCUACAAUGGAAAGGUGUUUGAUUUGUUAAACAAGAAGGCAAAACUCCGUGUUCUAGAGGAUGGUAAGCAGCAAGUCCAUGUUGUGGGGCUGCAAGAGAGGCAGGUUGCAUCAGCUGAAGAUGUCAUCAAAGUCAUUGAUAUUGGCAGUGCAUGCAGGACGUCGGGACAGACAUUUGCAAACUCCAGCUCGUCUCGCUCUCACGCCAUCUUGCAGAUUGUUCUGAGGCGGAGGGGAAACCUGCACGGCAAAUUCUCAUUGGUGGAUCUGGCAGGAAAUGAGCGGGGAGCUGACGUCUGCAGCUCUGACCGACAGACUUUAGUGGAAGGGGCAGAGAUCAACAGGAGCCUCCUAGCAUUAAAGGAGUGUAUUCGUGCUCUGGGGCACAACCAAACUCACACCCCAUUCAGGAUGAGUAAACUGACCCAGGUCUUGAGAGAUUCCUUUAUAGGGGAGAACUCUAGGACAUGCAUGAUUGCCAUGAUUUCUCCUGGCAUUAACUCUUGUGAAUAUACACUGAACACCCUCAGAUACGCAGACAGAGUAAAGGAACUGAAAGAAACAUCCAACGGUAGUAAUUCUGAAAGCUCUGAUAAGGAAGACAUAGAAGAUGGUGAAGAAUCCAACGCUAUAGAUAAGGAUACUGUUUUGUCAAAACAGAUGACCAGUUUCUAUGAUGCCAUGUCUUGUGUCUCUGAAUUGGAAGAGAAAGUUGUGGAAGAAUUCCAGGAAAUGAUACAGCGAGGAAUGCAGGUAUUAAAGAUGGUUGAGCAGCCAAGCUAUGACUUGCAAUCUGUUGUAACACGAGUUAAAGAGGUUCUGAUGGAGGCGAUGGCACUACAAGAGAACAUGAAGUCUUUAGAAUCUGCAAUGGUAGCUGAAGAGAAGGCAAGUUCACAUCUGAAAAACAGAUGCCGCUAAUUACCUGAAGAGGGCGAUGCUGGUUUUGAACUAUACUUCCAGUUUAAAUACUAUUUUAAUAUUCCACGGUAAUGUGUUAGUUUAGAAAUGUGAGGUUUCAAAUACCCCCUUUUUAAAUGUUUCCAUGA